UCCGAACAGGGAGGCCGGACCACAGCCAGGUAACCAAGAGAAAACGAGAAAGGCUUGAGGGCUUGUUAUGGGGUUAGCGUGAGACGAGCCGGGGCUUUUUUCUGCCUUCUUUACCAGUCAAACCAGUAACUCUGGGUAGAGAGCACAAGUACUGCAACAGUUUUUACCCUUGUGGUCCCUGAUGGCUUCGCACAGUGAUACUCUGGUGGUGUUCUUUGGGGCAACAGCUGGUGCAAAUGGGGGUAAACUGGGGUCGGAUGAAAGGGAAUUAAUUCUCUUGGUGUGGCAAAUUGUGGAUCUACAUGAGAAUAAGGUGGGCAAGCUUCAGCGGACUCUAGUGCAGCCGGACAGUGCGGAUCUGUCGGAGCAGUGCAAGGAGGAGACCGGGCUCACGGCGGAGGAGCUGUGCAAGGCCGAGCCGCUGGAGAGCGUCCUGCAGCAGUUUUAUCAGUCGGUGUCAGCUGAGCUGAAGUCUCUGGGCAGAAGCUCCUACACACUUUGUGUGGAUGGACCACUGCUUAUCCGACAGGUGCUGCACCCUGGGGCAUCCAAAAAGAAUCUAGUCCUGCCAGAGUGCUUCUACACGUUUGUGGACUUGAAGAAAGAGUUCCAGAAAUGCUGCCCCAACGCAGGCCCUGCCAGAGAUCUCACUCUGACCUCCAUGCUGGACUAUGUGUGUAUUCCUGCAGCGGUGGAGCAGGAGGCCGGAAUGAGGGAGGUGAAGAACAUGGUUCUGCUAAUUCUGCAUCUCCUGGCUGAGCCUUACAAUCACAAAUUCUCCACUUUUGAGACCGUAAACUACAAGUUUGAAUCCGGAGCAUGUAGUAAGACAGAAGCUGUGGACAGCGAGACGGUCAUCAGAGCUCGUGGGUUGCCAUGGCAGUCAUCUGAUCAGGACAUCGCUCGCUUCUUCAAGGGCCUCAACAUUGCCAAAGGUGGCGUUGCACUGUGUUUAAAUGCUCAGGGCCGGAGGAACGGGGAAGCUCUGGUGCGCUUCAUAAACUCUGAGCACAGAGACAUGGCACUUGAACGACAUAAACACCACAUGGGCAACAGAUACAUUGAAGUGUAUAAAGCAACUGGGGAGGAAUUUCUGAAGAUUGCAGGAGGCACGUCCAAUGAGGUAGCUCAGUUUCUUUCUAAGGAAAACCAAGUGAUAAUCCGAAUGCGUGGGCUUCCAUUCACUGCCAGUCCUCAGGAUGUUCUGGGCUUCCUGGGUCCUGAGAGCCCGGUGACUGAUGGGACGGAGGGGCUUCUGUUUGUGAAGUACCCAGACGGACGUCCCACAGGCGAUGCGUUUGUUCUCUUUGCCUGUGAGGAAUAUGCUCAGAAUGCCCUGAAGAAGCACAAACAGAUCCUGGGCAAGAGAUACAUUGAGCUGUUCCGCAGUACUGCAGCGGAGGUCCAACAGGUUUUGAAUCGCUACAUGUCCACUCCAUUGAUCUCCACACUUCCUCCUCCUCCGCCUCAGAUGGUAUCUGUACCUGUGUUAGCCACGUCACCCUUCAUCACCACCGGCAGCACGCGAGACUGCAUCAGGCUGAGAGGUCUGCCGUACACUGCUGCCAUCGAGGACAUCCUGGAGUUUAUGGGAGAACACACCAUUGAUAUCAAACCCCAUGGAGUGCACAUGGUCCUUAACCAACAGGGUCGACCCUCUGGUGAUGCCUUCAUUCAGAUGAAGUCAGCUGACCGUGCAUUUAUGGUGGCUCAGAAGUGCCACAAGAAGAUGAUGAAGGACCGUUACGUGGAGGUGUUCCAGUGCUCCACUGAGGAGAUGAGCUUUGUGCUGAUGGGGGGAACGCUUAACCGCAGCGGCCUCUCGCCGCCUCCUUGCAAACUGCCCUGUCUCUCUCCACCAACAUAUGCUGCAUUUCCUGCGACUCCGGGUAUGCUUCCCACGGAGGCAGCGUUCUAUCAGCCCCCCCUGCUGGCCACUCCGAGAACUCCACAGGCCCCAGCACACAACCCUGCACCUGCUUUAGCCUACUACUCUCCCCAGCUUUACAUGAACAUGAAUAUGAACAUGAACAUGAACUACACCACUUACUACCCCAGUCCACCGGUCUCUCCCUCCACGGUGAGUUAUUUUGCGGCCCCACCGGGUUCAGUAGCAGCAGCUGUGGCCGCCCAGCCGGCCCCUUCCAUCCUCCCCCCUCAGCCCGGAGCACUGGUGCGAAUGCAGGGUGUGCCAUACAACGCAGGGGUCAAAGACAUCCUCAGCUUCUUUCAGGGAUAUCAGUACUCUCCUGAAGAUUACAGCAGCUUGCUUGGAGUGAGUGAUCAGGGCCGGAGUCUGAUUCAGCCUAAAGAGUGGCUUUGUCUGUAGGGCGAGCCUCUCCAGCUCCAGGCGGACUCUGUGCUCCUGCUGUAUAACUGGAGCGGUCAGCGCAGUGGGGAGGCACUGGUGACCUUCCCCAGUGAGAAAGCAGCAAGACAGGCUGUAGCUGAAUGCUCCAAUCUUCCCCUCUCCGGCCACCCCAUCCGCCUGGCCUGCUGCGAGUGACCACACAGACCACUACACCCCCGAGGAGGACUGCACUUCACCUGUCUCAGCCCUUUCUCCCUCAUUACCUGUCUUUUGGCUUUUCAGACAGUUUUCUACACAAAGUAGAAGAGGACCUGACACAGAAGCACUGUAUAUAUUUUUUUUUUUAUACAUACGUUUAACCAUCUUAGUAGCGCUGCUUGUGUGUGUGUGUGUGUGUGUGUAUGAGAGAAAUUGAGAUCCGUGGCAUGCAUGCUAAACUCUUCCUGUGUCUUUUGAUGUCAAGAUCUCUUCUGUCCUAUUUCAAGACUUAAAGUAAACUUAUAACUUUGCAAGCCAUCAGUUUAUGAGCAAGAGGUCUUCCUGUUAUAAACACAGCUGGGCCGUCCAGUCAGGCUGUAGUCCAUGCCUUUCACUAGGCAACCAAAGUUGGAUAAAGGAAUGUUUUGAAAUACAGUGAGAUUGCAAGAAGCCAAAUACAUGCUUUGAAAAACUGUAAGACUGUUAUGCAGCACAUAGGAUUACAUGGUGGUUUUUCCCAGUGUACCUCUGCACUGUUUGGACUGACAGCCUUUGACUUCCUUAUUUAAUAAGGAUCAGACCAAGUAUGUACUCCAUAAACUUGCAUGAACUGAUUUUUAGUUUAAUCCAUUCGAAAAGUGAUUUAUUUGUAUUUUUUAUUUAAAGUAAAAGAUUUGUUUGUGUAAUCUACAUUCAUUAAUGCUCGUUCCUUAGAUGAAUUGAAUCUAAAGGUGUGUAUUCUGUUGCCCGCAGUCAGACCUCUCGAGAGAGGCGCAGACUGAACUGUGCUGAGGUCUUACCUUGUUUUGGACUUUAUAAUGUUUUGGAAAUGCGGUCUACGUCUGUUCUUUUCUUCUGCUACUAGGCUGCUUGAUCAUGAGCUUUAUUUUUUCUUUUCUUUUUUUCCAUGACUACAUUAUCUAGAGUGCAAUACAAGGCUGAACAAAAUGUCACACCUCUUUAGUGAAAGAAAGGGCAUUUUUCCCCCUAAAAUGUAUGAAAUGUGACUCUUAUAUGCAACAAAUAAAUUUAUAUUGUUUUGACAUCA